AUGUCGGAAGAACUCACCAGGGUCGACUCCGCCGUCGCUGGCCUGACGAUAACGGCCAAGGACGAGAAACCAGUCCAGGUCACCAAGGACACCAAGGACACCAAGCACAGACGUCACUCCUCCACCGCGGAAGGCGUCUACAACAUCAAGGAACUCGGUGCGUAUCUCAUUCUCUCAACCUCACCUGCCCAACCCACUCACUCACCAACCAUCCGAACAGAGGAGAAGAAGAUCGAAUUGACCCUGCCCAUCGAGACACAACGCACAGGAUGGAAGCUCAACACCUCCCCAUCCACCGUCGAAGACAAGGACAUCCUCAAACUCUACCUCGUUAACCCCCCGGUCAAGAAGAUCGACCUGCACUUCCCCUUGGGCCUGGAGGUCACGGCCCGCAACAUGAAGGGCGUCACGAUAAAGGAUGCGCUGGACGCAAUCUACAAGCAGUUCAAGAAACAGUCUGACGACGUAUUGACCGAUCCCUACCUCAAAGGUUUCGAGUGGGACAAGGAUGAGUGCUGGACACGCCUCAUUGUCCACCAGACCAAGCAGGGUCCCCCCGCCCAGCCCAGCAGCAAGAAGUCCAAGAAGAAGAAGAACGAAGACGCAUAG